UCUGUACCAUAACAGUCGUGAGUGGCGCUGCCUCCUGUCACACAUCCCCACCGGAGCCGGAGCCUUGCCGACCCGUCCUCUGAGGGCAGAACGCAGCUUGUGCGCUGAUAUUCGGUGGCCCUCGCGUCCUCGACGGCUGGCUGUUUUGUCGACGGACUUAUUUUUCCGAUAUGAGUCAGCGCAACCCAAUAUCAAAGCUUGCCAGCUAGUGGUGUGUGAGAUCUGGCGGGAGUUGAAAGGACAGCUGUGGACAUGGAGCUGUCUGAUGGCCUGUUGCUGCAGGUCAACAACGGCGAGCAGUGGUGCAACCGCUGGAAACAUCCCAACGACGACUCGGACCGCAGCACCAGCCCGUCAGUCCUGCGCUGUGUCGCCAGCACGUGGAAGGAGGGCCUGCUGAACAGAAAGAGGCCUUUUGUAGGUCGCUGCUGUCACUCCUGUACGCCACAGAGCUGGGAGAGAUUAUUCAACCCCAGUAUUCCAUCUUUGGGACUGCGCAACGUCAUCUACAUCAAUGAGACCCACACGAGGCAGCGGGGCUGGCUGGCUCGCAGGCUCAGUUACGUGCUGUUCGUCAUGGAGAGGGAUGUCCAUAAAGACAUGUUCACCCGGAACGUGGUGGACAACGUGCUCAACAACAGCAAAGUGGAGGCUGCCAUUGUGAAAGUAGCCACAGACUCGGACGGCGCCGGCAGCCAGUCUGCCAUGGAACUCAAGGCUGUCAGCAAAGUGAAGCAGAAAGCCAGGGCCUUCCUCCAAGAAAUGGUCGCCAACAUCUCCCCGGCCUUCAUCAGGCUGACUGGAUGGGUGCUGCUCAGGUUGUUUAAUGGCUUCUUUUGGAGCAUCCAGAUCCACAAAGGACAACUGGAGAUGGUCAAAAAAGCUGCUACAGAGCAAAAUGCGCCCAUGGUUUUCCUCCCCGUUCACAAAUCCCACAUCGACUACCUGCUCAUCACUCUGAUUCUCUUCUGUCAUAAUAUCAAAGCCCCGCACAUCGCCGCUGGAAACAACCUCAGCAUCCCCAUCCUCAGCACUCUGAUCCGUAAACUUGGAGGAUUCUUUAUCAGAAGGAGAAUGGAGGAAACUGGAGAUGGGAAGAAAGACAUUUUGUACAGAUCGCUUUUGCAUGCAUACACAGAGGAGUUAUUGCGGCAGCAGCAGUUUUUGGAGGUCUACCUGGAGGGCACGCGCUCCCGCAGCGGAAAGCCGUCGACGGCGCGCGCCGGCAUGCUGUCCAUCGUGGUGGACACGCUGUGCACGGGGGCCAUCACAGACGUGUUGGUGGUUCCGGUCGGCAUCUCCUACGACCGCAUCAUCGAGGGCAACUACAACAGUGAGCAGCUGGGAAAGCCCAAGAAGAACGAGAGCUUAUGGGGAAUAGCAUGUGGAGUGUUCAGGAUGCUGAGGAAGAACUACGGUUGUGUCCGCGUCGAUUUCAACCAGCCUUUCUCUCUGAAGGAGUACCUGGACACCCAGAGGAGCCGUCAUAUUCCGCCGCCGAUGUCCCUGGAGCACAGCCUGAUGCCCACCAUUAUAUCUGCACAGCCCGAUGCUCAGAUGUUCGAGGGGCAGGAGGAGGAGCAGAUGAACCGAGAGCUGCCCGACGACAUCUUCAGACGACAGCUCAUCGCCAACCUGGCCAAGCACGUUCUCUUCACGGCGAACAAAUCCUCAGCGAUCAUGUCCACCCACAUUGUGGCCUGUCUGCUGCUGUACAGACACAGACAGGGUGUAGUGCUGUCCAAGCUGGUGGAAGACUUCUUCAACAUGAAGGAGGAAAUCCUGGCUCGUGACUUUGACCUGGGGUUCUCGGGGAACUCGGAGGAUGUGGUCAUGCGCGCCCUCCACCUCCUGGAGAACUGCAUCAAUGUGACCAGCAGCUCCAAUCGCAACGGGGAGUUCACCAUCGCGCCCAGCCAAACUGUACCUGCGCUGUUUGAGCUCAACUUCUACAGCAACGGCCUUUUCCACGUCUUUAUUUCGGAUGCAAUUAUCGCCUGUAGCAUCUUGUCCCUGCAGCGAGAGCUGGUCUUGGAAUCAGAGUGCGAUCAGCAGGACGGUGGUCCCGCCAGCGUCCUCCUCAGUCAGGAGAGACUCCUCCGUAAGGCUGCCGGUCUCUCUCACUUCCUCAUCAACGAGGUGUCUGUAGCUCCACCCUGUCAGACGAUUUACCAGGUUUUGCACGAUGCAGUGACCCGCCUGCUGCAGUACGGAGUCCUUUACGUGGCAGAGGAGGACCAGGAGGAACUGAGCCCGAGCCCCACAGACGAGCCCUGGCCCAAAAAGUUCUCAGAGCCACUUUCUUGGAGGAGUGACGAAGAAGAUGAAGACAGCGACUUUGGGGAGGAGCAGAGGGAUCGCUACCUGAAGGUGAGCGCCUCUGCAGAGCACCAGGAGUUCUUCGUCUUCCUCCAGCGCCUGCUCAGCCCCGUGCUGGAGGCCUACAGCGGGGCCGCGAUCUUCGUCCACAGUUUGAGUCAGCCCAUGGCCGAGUCCGAGUACACCCAGAAGCUCUUCAGAUACCUGCUCACCCGCACAGAGCGAGGAGUGGCGGCUUACGGUGAAAGUGCAACACAUUACCUGGUUAAGAAUACAGUGAGGACAUUCAAAGAGCUCGGGGUUCUGAAGGAAAGGCGAGAAAACAAGGUGACGACGGUGGAGCUGAGCAGCACCUUUCUACCUCAGGCCAAUCGGAACAAGCUCCUGCAGUACAUCCUCGGCUUCACCCUGCUGUGACCGAGACGCCCUCCACACCACAGGCUCCUUCCCAUGAAAAGGGCUUCUACUGGUUACUCCUAAACAAUCCCAGGUGCUACUCUGUGGAAAGCUUUACCAGGAAGUGCCUUCUAGUAAAACCUGCUAACUGUCAGCCGUUAGCCGGAAGAGACUUGAAGUCAGUCUUCCUUUCUCACUCUCUCUCUCUUUUUUUUUUUUUUUUUUUUUUUUUGGUUCCACUCUGACUUUCUGAACUGUGCAGCUGACAAUCGGUAUCAUGUCCAGAUGAUAUCGAUCUUUGCUGAGGUACCUCUAGCAAUCACCCGUUGUUUUUAUGUGAACUCUACCAGUGAAGUAAAAAAAAAGGUUUUCAUUUGACUGACCUGUGAGGAAAUAAACUCAAGCAGAUCAGAGAUGUAACACUUUUACAGCAGUCCGAACAGAACAAGCUGCCUUUCGUCGAUACGUCAACAAGCAAAUUAUGCAUAGUAACAAAUUGUAAACAACAAGAGGCUUUUUUUUCUUCUGUUAACUCUUUCUGCUCCCGUGUAGAGUUGUCCUCUGUUUCGCACACUUCAAUAUCAUACAGUACAAAACAUGUCAAGCUGUAGUUAGAUGACAUUUUGCAAACAGAAGUCUGUACAUAAGUGACUUACAGUGUUUCCGGUUGAGCGUGCGUUUAGGAACAGAUUUUCGUCAGAGACCCUGCAAGAUAUGUACAUAUCCAAAUUUUUUGCUGCAGUAAAGAGAAAGCGUCUCCCUGCAGCGAAGGUCAGAUAUUCUGUCCAGUUGCUGGUUUGACAUGUGAACAAUCAGCAGUUUGUCCAGACAGAAAUAUCUCCUCGGCAGAUGCGAUAUGUACAUGGUCUAAAAUUACACACAGUCAUAGUUAAGUGCAUUCAUACUACUGAUAUCUAAGUGCUCUCACUGUUUUGUUUUGGUUUUUUUUUCCAUACUCUGCUGUAAGGCCAUUUCAAUUCCUUUAUACUUUUCAAUGAAUGUUGCACAGCUGAGCACUGAACGUGCUGCCAGACGUCUCUCACCGCCUCCGUACAAGCUCGGACACUCCGAGCUCACCUUACGCUUCAGGGAAAGCUCGAUAUUUUCAACCGUCACCACUUAGUUCCUUCAUAGCGCCUCUGCUGAGCAAAGCGACGUUGAAGCCGUUGAGAAAUACAGGACAGUGUGGUGAGCACAGGAAGUAAACGCUGAGGGUCUGUCUGGAUGAAACUCACUGCGCGAACGACGGAGAGGAAGGAGCAUGUAUGAAAGGGUUAAAGGAAGUCGAAUGAAUCUGAGCCCGACGGUGUGAGGACGUUUUCACCGAGGGUGGAACCACACAAACGCGUUUGUACAAAUAUUUAUGCUGCAAGUUUUUUUUUUUUUUUUUUUGUGACAAUGGUUGACAAUGCUGCUUGUUCCAAUACAUUUUAAUCCUUUUUUUCCUGUUCAUACCACUUAUUUAUUGUAAUAAAUCUGCAUAUUUUCAUGCAAUUUCUAGAAGCUGUGUAGGAAAAAAAAAUAAAAAUCCCUUCAGUCAGUGGUUCUCAAAGUGUGGGGUGAGCUGGAAUCAGGGAGUCAGGAUUUGAAAGGUAAAAUUAUGAAAUAUUUUAAUAAAACACACAUGCAAUAAAGCCAGAUUUCAAGUAAAGCAUGAGAAGAGUUACUCUUUUUUCUAUAAUGUGAAAAACGUAAAAUCUGUUCCUUAACCAGGAAUCCAUCGGCUCACCUCCUCUCGCUUUGAGAACCUCUUCAGUGAACAAAGUUAGUUUUUUCUGAAAAGAGCAGAGAGCUGAAACGGAAACGCGUCGGCGCCGAAAACUCGGCCGUCCUCACGUUCCCGGAGUCGCUCGCUAAAGGGAACCCGCCGCCAAGAUCAAACCACGACCCGUACUGUACUGCAUGUUCCCUCCAGUCGCCUUGAAGCAUCGAUCGGCGUGAACUCUGCUCGUGUGUGUGAACAGUCCCUAAGCGAGAGGUAUUCGUGUGCGUAGGAGACGGCGUUUUGUUACCUCUUGAAUGUAUCCCGUGUGUCUCUGAAUAAGGCCGAUGUGAUGUUGUAGAAUACUUGAUGAAGCCGGUACGGAAACAUUCUAGUUUUUAAUGAGCCGCUCGUGGGAGUUGUUGACAUUCAUGUGCUGCAUUAACAACAUCCCACUAAUCUAUGUAAUGUUGUAGGUUAUUAAAAACACACAAAAAAAAGAAAACCUUGCCUGUGUCUGGGGAGCAGGUGCCUUUUUAAUGCACUGUAGUGUUCUUUUGUUGUGAUUUUUUUUUUCUUUUUCGUGCAUGUUAGUUAUUUCAUAUGAAAUCCUAAAGAACACUGUAGAUUGUAACUU